AAAUAUCUGGACGACGGCUAGUGAGAGAAAGAAAUUUGGGCGAACAUAUUCGGCGUGAAUCUGUAACCAAAUGCAUGAGGCAUUAUGGUGCAAGAUCAUAGAGAAUAAGGGAGAAUUUCAAGUACGCUCUUUCGGCUUAUUUGAUGCAUGCAUCUCCAACUGGACACUACAAUUUCAAGGAAAGGAGCCGGAGAAGCGUCAUUUACUCGUGGCCAGCUGAGAAGAGGGAGAGUCGAAGAUCGAUUGCUACGUCGAUAAGCUGAAAUAAUCAUGUCUGCAUGGCCUCCUCUCCGCCACCGGCUGGGCCCUGGCUGUAAAAUCUUCUCUCCGCCUACCACGAGGCUUAAGGCCAUGUAGCGAAGAUCAUGUGCAUCUGCUCAACGAUCAAGACUCGCUCAGGUAUCUGCAGUUUCUCGUCAGUGAAAGGCGAACUAACAACCAAGCUUUCAAGCUUCAUCAAUCAUGGAUUCACACGGAUUCAUCGAAGAACUGGAAGACAUGGCCGUGGUAAACUAGUGGAAAGGGGACUCUGGGAGCAUGCAAGAGGGAGACAUCUUCCUUUAGCAUCCUCGAAGAUUUGGCGUUUGGGUUGUCCUGGGGGCUGGAACUGGAGGCACUGCCAUUAUGGCUCCAGCCAAAUCGCCUUCAUUAUCAUCUUCGUCGUCGCCAGACAUGAACAAUAAUGAAGUCCUGACACUCGAAUCCAACCAGUCUGCUUAAUCGUUAUGUUUGUCGUAACAUGUCAACCGAUGUUGGCCGUAGUCGGACAUGAAUGCUUACGAGAUAUGGGGGAGCUCAAAAGUGACACGCAAAUCCAAAUCAGGCCAAGAUACUUCGGUUAUUUUUAGAUGUGUUAUUUCCGGA